GCCUUGCCCCACGCCUUUUUUUUUUUUUUGGAAACAUCAGAUCUUCGAAGGUCGUGAUCCACGCGCCGCCAAUCCAUCCACGCGCCGUCAAUCCAUCUACGCGCCGCCAAUCCAUCUACGCGCCGCCACCGUUUUUCUCCUUUGGUUGCUGCAAAUCCUCUGGGCCUCCCUUUGUUCAAGCAGCCGUGGCAGCCCCUCCCCCUCCCCCCAAAAAAAAAACGUGUCUGUUUCCAGCCUGGUCUGUUUGGUCCUCUCGACGCUGUUGUCUCGACCCUGAAAACGGAGACCCCCUGUGGCUGCAAAUCCAUCUGGAGCACAAAGCGAAACAGGUGGAAUCUUUUCUGGACCCGCCACUCUGACCCGCAGGCUCGGUGCUUUGAAACCGCGCGUGCUUGCCGGGAGCUCCUUUUUUUUUCUGCCCGUGUCCCCUUCAAAACCACGACACUGCUCCGUCAAAUGUCGCUGCUGGCCCACCGCUCGCAGGUGCUCGUGUCGCAUCCACGUGACCUGUCCGACACGCCCCUCACCCGCGUCUCCGGCAGGAUCUCCACGCCCCCACACUCGAUUGCCGGCAAACGAACGCACGCGGACCUCGCCACCCCGGUCCGGGCGUGCGAUGCGCCCGCAAAGGCCGUGUUGCUAUCGCCGGCGUUCUCCUCGCCCCAGCCGCCCGAACAGCCCGUGUUCGACAAGGCCGACAUGAUGCACGCCGCCAGCAGGUCCUUCAGCGACGCCAUCAGCGAGCCAUUCAGCGAGUCGCUCUCGGAGACUUUCAGCGAUGGCCACGUGGCGGAGCCUGUCCCCGUCUCGCAAGACGCGAGUGGCCACAAGAGGAAGAAGCCGAAGAAGGUGCGCCGCGAGCCGCGCGACGCAUGCUUCUCCUUGGCUUCCUCCGAGAAACCGCCGUACUCGUACGCGACGCUCAUUGGCAUGGCCAUUCUCUCGCACCCUGCCAAGCAACUCACCUUGUCGCAAAUCUACCUGUGGAUUUCGGAGACUUUCAAAUACUACCGCCGCGAAGACGUGGGCUGGCAAAACCUGAUCCGCCACAACCUCUCUCUCAACAAAGCAUUUGUGAAAGGCGAGAAGUCCAAGGACGGCAAGGGCCAUUUCUGGUGCAUCGAGUCGAACUCAGAGGACUUGUUUCUCAAGGCCAAAAACAACAAGAAGAGCCUGUACCACGAGGUCAUGGACCAGUUGGCCCUGGUCAACCGGCAGCCCCACGCCCUGAUCCCCCUGUCGCCGCCAUCGUUGGCGGAUGACGACACACAGAACCCGAGGUCCAUAGGCGCGACUCACGACGAUGUUGACGGCGAUGAAAGCAACAGAUUUCCUAGUGCCACUAUGCCCUGCUUAAGUACCCCUGGGCGUGCCGAGGGGGCCUCCGACCUUUCCGAGCAUUCCUUGCUAGUCGGUAGAAGCUUGGGCUUCACGCUGAGCUUCAGCUGUAGCCUGAAUUUCGAGCUUCUGCCUCUCCCAACGUUGCGCACCGGCCCUUUGCUUGAGCCUCUUUCUCCAGGGGGGAACGCGCUUUUGGCACAGAAUCUAGGUCAUUUGCUGGUUCAUUUGCCCAACAUCUCUGUGUCAAAAUCUGGAGCACAUCUCACGCAACUCCAACCACCCAUGACUGGUACAAGUACUCCUAGAGCUGCUGGUACAGCUCGGACGACACCAAAGUCUAAUAUGAAGACACCUCUUCGAUUGCUACGCACACCGAUGAGCGGAUCCAUGAUCCAUAAGCUCGGAUACUCGCCAUCGUAUCUUGAAGAGUUCAACCACUCGCCCUUCGCUGCUGGAAGAACCAUGUUGAACUCGUACGACGAUGACGACAUGCUAAUGAGAGCCUUUGACAGUCCGGCGGCAAGCAAGAGUUCCAAACCCAGUUUGCUUGGAGAGUUGACGAAGGCCACUUCGGAAGAUGUCAACACGACAGACGCCUCGCAGAGCAAGAGAUGA